GCUUGCUGCCGCCAGGUUAUUUAACUUUAGUUUAUUACCAAACUGUUCACUUUAUCCACCGCCUGCCUCUCUGAAAUAAAUAUAUUUUAAUCUCUGCCUUUCCUAAGGUGCUGUUGGCAACAAAAACAGCCGCACACACAUCUAUAACGCCUCUAGUGAGCCGACUAGCCAUUUCAGUUUCCAUAGACUUUCAUAAGAUUAGACAUUAGAUUAAACGCUCUUGGCAGCGACGCGACGUGUUAAACGCUGAAGACAUGAGCCAUAAAAGUAAGAAGCGGAUCAAAGAAGCGAAACGGAGCGCCAGACCCGAGCUGAAGGACUCGAGCGACUGGAUCAAACACGAUUACUGCGAGAGUUUCGAUUUGUCACACCGGACAGUGAAGGACAACGUUGAGCGAGUGGACGCCCAGCGUCUCAGUCCGGAAGAGUUCAUUCAACGCUUUGAGAAACCGUAUAAGCCCGUGGUUCUACUCAACUGCCAGGAGGCAUGGCCUGCGCGGGAAAAAUGGACCUUAGAGCGACUUAAACGCAAAUACCGCAACCAGAAGUUCAAAUGUGGCGAGGAUAACGAUGGCUACUCUGUCAAAAUGAAGAUGAAAUAUUACAUGGAGUAUUUGGAGACCACGCGGGACGACAGCCCCCUCUACAUCUUUGAUAGCAGUUUUGGCGAACAUGCCAAACGGCUUAAGCUUCUGGAAGACUACCAGGUGCCUGUUUUCUUUAGGGACGACCUCUUUCAGUUUGCGGGGGAGAAACGCCGGCCUCCCUACAGGUGGUUUGUGAUGGGUCCUGCCCGCUCUGGAACAGGCAUCCACAUCGACCCGCUCGGCACGAGUGCGUGGAACGCCCUGGUCCAGGGCCACAAAUGCUGGUGCCUGUUCCCCACCCACACGCCCCGCGAGCUAAUCAAGGUGACGCGAGAGGAUGGGGGAAACCAGCAGGACGAGGCCAUCACCUGGUUUAAUGUGAUCUACCCACGCACAAAGCAGUCCACCUGGCCAGCCGAGUUCAGACCGCUGGAGAUUCUGCAGCACCCUGGAGAGACUGUGUUUGUGCCAGGUGGAUGGUGGCAUGUCGUGCUCAACCUGGACACGACCAUUGCUGUGACCCAGAAUUUCGCAAGCACCACAAACUUCCCAAUCGUAUGGCACAAGACUGUGCGGGGACGCCCCAAACUCUCCAGGAAGUGGUACAGGAUUCUGAAGCAGGAGAGGCCGGAUAUUGCUGCUCUGGCAGAUAAAGUCGAUUUGCAGGAGUCCACAGGCAUCGCCUCCGACAGCUCCAGUGACUCCUCCUCCUCUUCCUCCUCCAGCUUCUCUGACUCGGAUUCAGAGGCCGAAUCUGAGGGUGACGUCAUGACCCACCGCAGAAAGAAGAGGAAAACGUGCGGCAUGAUGGUAAACGGGGACAUCACAAGCCAGGAUGACUGCGUGAGCAAAGAGCGCAGUUCGUCCCGGUGACAUCCCACCCCCUUUCACAACAGCAGAGGGGCUGCAGCCAUAAUCGUCUCUUAGACUGAAAAACAUCGCAAUCUCUCUGUCUGUCAGCCUCAGGAGACCCCUGUCCAUUAGAUAAGAGGUUGUCGCUGAAGUCUGGGCACAUGAUAACAUACUCAGCCCCUGACUUAUAUGCCCUAGUGCGCUUUUAGAGAUAAACAUGAACAAAAUAUCCAAACGAUUUGCUUGUUGGAGGGGUUUCGCAUGGAUGAGUGAACAGCUGUGUGGGAAAACAUGGAAAACCCUUCUUCUGUUGCCUUUGCUGUUGUCAAGCUCUGGACAGAAAGCUUGACGUCCCCUCCUGUCCCAGUGCCACGGUCAUCAUGAAUCUGAACAGAUGCCGUUUUUUUAUAUUUUCCUAGGGGUUAUGCUAUGAUUCUUUGCUUUCUGUUGUGAUGUAUCACCACCUAUGUGUAAUGCUGCCUUUAGCUAUUUAAACUAAAAACAGAUUACUUUAUUACUGAUUCUAAACAUACAAUGGAAGUGAAUGGGGCUAGUCCGUAAACAUUAAAAAACACACAGUUUCAAAAGUAUAGCCACAAGACAUAAACACUGUACAUGUUAACAUGAUUUUAGUGUGAUAAGAUCGCUUCUCAGUAUUACAGGGUUUACCGGCGUUGUCGUCAUGACGACAUAGUUGUAAAUUUGGCUAUAACUUCACACAGAAAAUGUUAGUAAGUGAUUUUAUCACACUAAAAUCAUGUUAACACGCAUAUUGUUUACGUCUUGUGGCUAAAAUGUUUACGGAUUGGCCCCAUUCACUUCCAUUGUAAAUGACUAUUUUUUUUAUUAAAAAAGUCAAAAUAAUGUUGAUAACCACAAAUUGCGCUACAAAUGGUGUUGAUUGUGCUUAACCCGAAAUAUUCCUUUAAAGGGAAAGUUCACCCAAAAAUAAAAGAUCUGUCAUUAUUUACUCAUCCGCAUGAUGUUCCAGACUUGUACGACUUUCUUUCUUCUGUGGAACACUAAAAGUGCACUCUUUUCCAUAUAAUUAAGGUGAAUUGGUACUGGGACUAUCAAGCUUCAAAAGAAAAACAAAAUUAAAAAAGAAAAACAAAAGCACCAUUAAAGUACUUCAGAAGAAAUAUGAAAUACUUUGUAUGCUAUAUUUCAAGUCUUCCAAAGCCAUACGAUAACUUUGUGUGAGGAACAGACUGAAAUUUAAGUCCUUAUUCACUGUAAAUCUUGCCUUCUCAAAUCAAAUAUGGUGCCAUAUUUUGACAACAACGUUUAGUCGCAAGACGCGAGAGAAACAAUGGCGCCAAAUGGCAAGUAGUCCAUACAACUUUUGUAUUGUUUCUCAGUCGGUUCCUCACACAAAGCCAUCAAAUGGCUUCAUAGGAUUUGGAAUAUAGCGUACAAAUCAUAUGGGCCACUUUUAUGAUACUUAAAUGGUUCCAGUUGUACGCUUAACAGCCCCAGUCCCCAUUCAUUUAUGGAAAAGAGCUGCCAAGAUACUCUUCAAAAAUUAAAACAUGAGGGUGAGUAAAUUAUAAUGGGAUUUUCAAUUUUGGUUGAACCAUUCAUUUUAUUGGUACCAUUCAAAAUGAUUGCGCGAGUCCAUUUUAGAAUUGAAUUUUGAGUUCAUAAUGCACUUCAGAACAAUCUAAAAGACUAACUUUUGAUUAGAAUGUCCCCUCUUCCUAAAUAACAUUGUAGUUCACCGAUAGCUUUGACGCAUCUUUUUUUUAAUGUUAAAACUGUUAUGAAUGCUCAAUUGCAACACUUUGUAGAUUUCAACAAACAAGUAAGGUGUUGUUGGAUGGUCUUUUCAGACCUGUGGACUCGUCCACCCCUCCAAAAAGUCCCUGAGCAGUGAAUUCAGUGUUUAAAUUGGCACAUGCUUUUCAAACACCUAAAUAAAUGCUGGUAAAGCACCUUUGUGCGCUUCCAUUAGUGUCUGUUCAGUGCAAGUUAAACACUAGAGUACAGUAAUGCUUAUUUAUUCAACCGUUAAGAUACAGUGCAAAUCUGAUUCGUGAAAAUCUGCAAAUAAUUUUUCUUUUCAAAAUAAAAAAUAAAAAUAAUAAACCGUCUUUGUGCACUAAUAUCUUAACUUUUUGACUGAAGGUAAAAACCUCCAAAAAUGGUAACCUGUUAUGACCUAAAUAUGUUUCAGGGCUACAAUAACUAACUGUAAUUUGUGAUGUGUGUGAGUGUAAUGAUCAAUGAGCAAAGGGUUUCUUUUUUUUUUUUUUUUUUCAAGGUAACAGUAUGUCUGAGUGUGUAAAUUACUGUUGAAAUGUUUGUGACAGUGCUUUGUGUGUGUGUAGGCCGGUCUCCUGUAUAAAACACAUCAAGAAGAAAGACGUCUUUAAAAAAAAGUGCCUAUUUUUUUACCUGUUGGUUAUUCAAGCUAUAUUGAGCUCUUAUAUUUCAGUUUCUCAUUUCUCGUCGUUUUUUAGAGCUGUUUGUGAUUACGGUUUUGAAGUAUAAACAUUAAAGAGGUAGUUCACUGAAAUAUUCCAUUAUUUACUCAACUUUUUGUUGUUCCAAACUCAUAUGACGUUCUUUCAUCCAUGGAACACAAAAGGAGGUGUGAGGCCUCAGUCGCCGUUCACUUUCAUUUAAUGCAAAAAGAUGCAAUGAAAGUGAACACUGUUAAGGCCUAACACCUCCUUUUGUGCUGCACAGACAAACGACAUAAAUGAUAACAAUUCUCAUUUUGGGGUGAACUAUCCCUUUAAGGUUUAAUGGACUGUACCCUUUCCUUGUAGCUCAUAAAAUAAGCAGAUUUGAGUGUUCUUAUUUUAUUUGAGUUCUUCAUCACUGGCUCUUUCAUAUGACUCCUUUUAUCUUCUGGGAUUCAUGUGUGGGGGGAGAAAAUGUGACAUCUUGAUGUUGAUAUCAAAACAACCUAAUUAAUAUUGUUAAUU